AUGCAAAGCCACAACAAACAACUAGAGGUUUCGAAAAGCAUAGACCAUCAACUUCAAAACCAGACUAAUAGCCGAGUGAAUGCACUUACCAAGGGCAGCACAAGCACUACCACACAUAACGCAAAACCUGGAGUUAACCCACACUAUGCUAAGAGCAAGGAAGCCACCAUAUCCGAGAUACUUAAACAGGGGUACAACAAUAUCCAGCAUUCGAAGAAAAGCUCUUCGUACCAACCCUCUCAUCUCAAGUAUCGUCUGGUUCUUCAUGUUGCCGAUUCGUCCUCAACCGUUAUUAAAGUGCUAUUGUUUGAUGGAAUAGCUAGGCAAUUGUUAAAUGCUUCCGCUGCUGAUUUGGCUGAAGAGAACGUCGAGAAACCUGAGGGUACAUUGCCUAAUGCUCUAAAGAAGCUUAUCGAUCAAAAGAUGCUGUUUAAGAUUGUUGUCGGCCUUGAUAAUUUGAAAAGUUCAUAUGCCCCUUACAAGGUGGAGAAAUUCUGUGAUCAAUCAAAGAUGGUCGAUAAGUUUGAGACUGUGACUGGAUUCAUUGACAUUGAUGGUGAUGGUGAGGUUGUUCCUGUGAAGUCUCGCAAACGUACUCUCUCAGAGCGUGGUGCUCCUACUGAUCCUACAGAUGUUUCGGAGUUUGCUCACUUGGCUGAUAAGACUCCCAAAGCAGUUUCCGGGUUUUGUUGCAGGUUUACGAGGCAUGAAUUCAUGAAUUCUGUUCUUAUAUUCCUCAAUCUAGUUGUUGGCUCUCUUUCUAUAAGACAUGUCGUGCAAGAAUAUCUCAUAACUGCUGCUGUAACAACCGGGACAUUGGUCAGAAAGGGUAUGACUGAGACUAAGGAAAAGGUGUCCGUUGGAAAGACCAAAGUGGAAGAGGUAUUUAGUAGACCAAUAGCUUCAUUCGAGAAGAAUGCUGCAAAAAAGACUGCACAAAAGAGCAAGACCCUUUUGACGGAUAUCGAAAGGUGGCAGAAGAAGCUUUCCAAUGUGAACUAUAAUACACUCGAGUUCAUAACAGCUUUAUUGCUUCGUGUGAGCCAAAAAUACCUACUUAACAAGAUGGAUUCUCAUAACCUAGAUAUGGAAAUGGCUAUGAUGAUCAUGUGGCGAGAAGAUAAGAGGCCCGAAUCUUACAGAGAAUACUGGAGACGACCAUCGAUGAGUCCUAAGAAAAGCAAUGACUGUUUUUGA